AUGUGAGGUCCUGUUGCAAUAAUUUUACCCAUACUACCAGAGGAAGAGAUAGUGAGGCCAUAUACUUCAGCAACUAUGAACCAGCACUUUGGGAAGCUCUAUAGAUCCACAGUGUCUUCAUUACUCCUCCUCUUGCUGGUGGAUGUUGGUGUUAGUGGUGAAAGUACAAGCAAGGAGAAUGCAGCAGUAACUCGUUUAACGGCACAGCCUUCGUUGUUGACAACACUUGAGCCAUGGCACCUUUUGGUCACUCAAACACCAGCCAAGGAAAAAGCCAAAGAAGGUGAAACUGUGGUUUUGAAUUGCCACUUCAGCAGUCCACGACGUCCGUCCCUGACUGACCUGAUGGUGAGGUGGUACAAAGAAGAUGAAAAGGGGCAGAUGGACCUUGUACAAAACAAUGUGAUCGUCUUGCCAAAUAACUCCAGGGUUUUCAUGAGUGGAGACUUGUCCCAAGGGGAUGCCUCCCUGGCGAUCCUCAAUGUGACAAUCAAUGACCACGGUAUUUAUUUCUGUGAAAUUACACUUCCGGACGGGAAGAUGGUGACAGGAGAUGGCACAAAGCUCAGGAUCAGGAGGGCUCUGGGCUUGUUUGGCAUAGAAGAAUCCAUUGGAACAAUCAUUGGGGUUGUGGCAGCUGGUAUUGGAGGUGUAGUGGUUCUGAUCAUUGUUUUAACCCCGCAGCUGAGGAGGUGUGCCCUCUGCAUGAGAGAAGGCUCUCGCCAAGCGUAGCUUGAGGUGCAGCAUUACAGAAGUCACUGGAAGAUGCAAAGCCUACCGGUGGAACAACUUCUGAUGCCCUGUAAGCCAAAACUGUGGCCCUAGAUGGAAUAAAAGCC